UAGAUGUACUAGAAUCUUCUCCACACUUAGAUGUACUGGAAUCUUUUCCACACUUUGUUGUACUAGAAUCUUCUCCACACUUAGAUGUACUAGAAUCUUCUCCACACUUAGAUGUACUAGGAAUCACCCUGUCUGGAUGUCUGGAUGUCGUCCGCAGUAACUAUACCCCGAACAUCGGACAGCCAUCCCAGGCUCAGCAGAUGAUGUCUCAACCAAGCACUGUUUCUGCUGUCCCCUCUCCUAUACAGCAGUCUGGGUCCCAGAUGACACACUCUCCCAUCUCUAUGAUGACCUCCCCUUCCCCCCAGGGCUAUGUCGUCCCGUCCCCUGCCUCCCGGAACUUCAGUGCCCUGUCCCCCAGUAACACAAACCUCAACACUCCAGCUGGGACUGGCCAGGCUCCAAUAUCACAGGAGGACCAGGCAUACCUAGACAAGUUAAACCAGCUGUCCAAGUAUAUAGAGCCAUUGAGGAGAAUUAACCGGCGAAUGAUGAACCGACAGUCUGCUGAUAAGGAUGAAGACAGAGUAAGAGAAAUCCACAAGAUGAAGAACCUACUAGAAAUUUUGACAGAUCCAUCAAAAAGGUUGCCAUGGAAAACACUUCUCAAAUGUGAACAGGUGCUGCUGAAACUGGAGCUUGAAUGGGACAAAACUGGGGAAUUGGCUCCAUCUAAUGCAGAUGUUACUGUCACCAAGGUAACCACGACAACCACUCACAUGUGUCAGCCAUUACUGGACGCCGUGGCUGCACACAUGACGUCACCGAUGUUGAACCACUCUUUACAGCGGACAUUUGGUCCGGCUGUUUCAGCAUUACAUGGCAGUCCAAUCAGGGCGCCAAGUCCACCGCCAAAACGUCGCCGUGUCGAGGAAUGGGACCAGGAUGAAAUUCCUCACAUUCUACAAGGAGAGAUUGCACGCCUAGGAGGGCGCUUCAAAGUCAACUUUGACCCCACACAACAUGGGGGGUCAAAGGAUAUCCACCUCCUUUGUCGCCUAGAUGACAAGAACUUGCCGAGUAUACCACCAAUAUCUGUCAAAGUUCCUGGUACUUACCCAAACAACAGCCCCGAGUGUGACACCACAGCUGUCGAAUAUG